GCAUUCCACUUCUUUCUUCUCUUUGCUUCCUGCUUUGCUUUGACAGCAAUGGAUGCAUACCAUGUCCAACGAUGACACUCCUUCCGAUGGUCAACCUCGCGUUGUACCCCUCACCACAAGUUCUAACGCUCCCGUCGUUCGAUCGAAACCGCAGAGCUGGUUCGCGCUGCCUGCGCCUGUGAAGCGCGUGUUCGAUCUCUUUCCGCCAAGAGAGUAUGAGAGAAAUGCUUUACCGGCAAGAGCGCCGGAUCAGAAGCAGAGACAGGGGAAUGUUUUGCAUGUUUUUGCACAGGAAGAGGAUAUCAGAGGUGGGAGGCCGAGUUUUAAUCCGGGAUGUUUGAAGUGGCAGACAUAUCUCCGUUUCAGAGACGUCCCAUUUUCUCUCGUUUCCUCGAACAACCACGCUUCUCCUUCGGGCUCGUUGCCUUUCCUUCAACCUGCAACGACUUCGAGCAGCACCGGCGAUUCGAAAAUACCCGAUCCAAUUCCAGCGAACAAACUUCAAAAAUGGCUCGCGAAUACACAAAACUCCACUUCUUCCUCUGAACCCAGCGACAUUCGUCUCGAAGCCUACCAGUCUCUCAUCGAUAAUCGGAUACGAAAAGCCUGGCUUUAUCAAUUAUACCUCGCUCCGGAAAACGACGCUCUUAUGCAACGAUUAUACGUCUCGCCUUGCUCGAAUCAUUCUCUUGUUCGCUUUACGAUCACGAGGCAAUUACGUGCUGCGGCUGAGGAGGAAUUGGUCAAGAGCGCGGGGACUAAUGUUGUUGACGCGGAUGUUUUGUUGAAAGAAGCUGAAGAGGCGUUUCAGGCUUUGAGUCAGCUAUUGGGGGAGAAGGAGUGGUUUUUUGGAGUUGAGAGGCCGGGUCUAUUCGAUGCGAGUGUUUUUGCUUAUUUGCAUUUGGUGCUGAAUGACGGGUUGGAGUGGACACACAACCCUUUGGCGGAGGGGUUGAGGAGGGUUGAGAAUUUGGUGCGGCAUCGAGAGAGGAUUGCGGAGAGAUUUUAUGGUGCAGCAGGAGAGAGUAGUGUCGAGGAUGUGAGGAAGGAGAAUGGGAGUGUUGAGAGACCAGUGCAUGUCAGGACUACGUCUGCUUUGGGAAAGAGGAAGACGCUGAAUUUGAGAGCGUAGUGAGCUUUCGAUGUGUUGCGGGGACGGGUGUAGAAUUUUAUGGCUGUCAUGCUUAGCGAGGAGUUCAAUGGCUGCUUUAUAAGUCGAAGCGAAAAGAGAUGAGAGUUGCGAUGCUUGUAGCAACAUAUCGCAUCGACGGUUGGAAAGAAUUGGGAUGGGAGCUCAUUACUAACUCUAAACUAUUUAACUUAUACUACUAUAGUAUAUUACUCGAACUACUUUAAAAUGCCUUCCUCUACUACUAGUAACUAUAAU